UAGGUAUUACUUCUCGAAUAACAAUUUAACAAUCCGUGAUCAACUAGGAUACAGUUCCAAGAGCCACACCGCUAUUUAUAGCAUAAAUGUAAAAAAAUAAUAAAAUUACAUUGAAACAACUUCUUUCAACAAACUCUCAUUGACAAAAGUGUUGCAUAAGAAAUUAUUAUAAGCUAAUCAGUGUUUCGACUCAAGGGAAAAGAAUGGACAUGGAAGCCCAGAGCUUUUUAUGGAAAGGAGCAAUUCCUUUGCAGAUUCAUCUCUAUGAAUCCGAAGUCACCACUCUUCCUUCUCCCCCACCCGCCCUGAUCUUAGCUCCUCGGCUAGGAUACCUACCGUUGUUGGCCUCGCAUUUAAAGCCUUACUUCAGCAGUGCACUUCCUCCUGGUGUUGACACUAUUUGGUUCGAGUACAAAGGCUUGCCCUUGAAAUGGUAUAUACCAACAGGAGUUCUUUUUGAUCUUUUAUGUGCAGAAGCAGAGAGACCUUGGAAUUUAACGGUGCAUUUUAGAGGAUAUCCAGGAAACAUAUUGAUCCCUUGUGAAGGUGAAGACAGCAUAAAGUGGAGCUUUAUCAACUCAUUGAAAGAGGCAGCAUAUAUAAUAAAUGGAAACUGCAAGAAUGUGAUGAACAUGUCUCAACCUGAUCAGGUGGACCUCUGGCGCUCUGUUUUACAUGGUAAUUUCGAAGCCUACCAACGGGUAUCUUCUAAACUUAAGCUUGGAGCAGUUGGGGAAAUUGAUGUUUCUGGGCAGGUGAAGCAAGGCCGAGUUCCAGUUCGGUUAUACGUUUGGAAUGUCAGUGACGACUUUGAUGACUUAGAAGAUGCACCACCGAUUGAUAGUUGGGACAAAGUUUCUUACAUAAACCGGCCUGUCGAGAUACAAGGAGAAGGUAGAUGCUUCACUUUAUAUGAUGCAGUGAAAAGCCUUCUGCCGGACUAUUUUGUGGACAAAUCGUUGGGCAAUACUGAAUCAUUGACAGUAGGUCGCGAUGAUGACGAGCCUAAAAUCAAGCUGGUUCGUAUACAAGACCGAAGAGUGGAUGCCACAGCUGCGGCAGCACCGGUCAGAACUCCCCCGCUCGUAUUUGUAAUCGGCGAGGGAUGUGACUGGUGAACCACCUGCACAUUCCUCUGUUCUUGGCCUUGCCCCGCCGAUGACCGAUUAUCUACUGUGUUCACCUUUGUCUCUUUACCAUUUGCUUCUUCAUUCCUUGCCUUGAUUUCCUAAAUGUACUCGAACACAAGUGUGAUUUAGAAGAUGAAGAACGACAAAGUCCGUGUCAUUGCAAAACAACCAAAAAGAGAGAAGAUUUCGA